AACCCCCCCCCCCCUCCCCACCUUCUCUCUCUCUCUCUCUCUCUCUAUAUAUAUAUAUAUAUAUAUCUACAUAUACCAAUACAUACCCUAAUCUCAUUUUUACUUAAACCGUUUUGUGAGAAAACCCUCAAGAUAUACAUAUAUCAAUCUCUGCCUAAUUUUUAUUUUUGGUUUCUUUUAUCGACAUGUCCAAGAUGAAGAGGAACCUGUUGGCAAAGUUGAAAUCCCCUUUUACAGCGGCAGGCAAAUCACGCAAGGACCGUGUCAAUAGCUUGUCUACCAAGUUAAGCGUCAACGAAGAAUAUUUGCAAGUUUUCAGAACAAAAUCCUACAUAGAAAUGUGGGACAAGGUUCAGGGACAGAUAGGAAUAACAACUACAAGCAGCAGUAGCAGUAGAAUUUCUCCAUCGUCCUCUUUUCCAUUCUAUUUGGAUCUGUCCGAAUAUUUGCUCGAACCGCGACAAGAAACCCUAAAGGAAAUGAUCAAGAGUUUAAAUUUCCAUCACCUUCUCAUCGACUACUUUGGAGCCAGCUUACAGGCCUGCAAUAUAUGCCAGUUACUCCUCAACAGCGUCCAUCAAACACGGUCAGCUUAUAAGAAGAUCAAAUUGGUGAUAAAGAUGAGCAAAAAGAUGCAUGGACAUGUAGAUUUCAUCACCGAAGACAAUUACCGACCAAUAUUCAGAGAGCUUAAAUCAUUUGCAUUGCUGAAAAACCCGUUGUCGAUCAUAAGCGCGGUUCAAUUCCAUGAUAUUCAUGAUGACAAUUUGGUUUUGCUCCAUAGAUUAACUUCAGCCAACAAAAAGAUAAAGAGGAGAGCAAAGCUGAGAAGAAUUUGCAAGAAAGUUGGAGGAGUUGGUCUGGUGGUAUCACAGACUGCGCUCUUGAUAGCCUUGCUAGUCUUUGCAUUUCAUAGUAUUCUUGGGAUGGCAGCGGCACCUGCGCUGAUUGGCUGCUCAUUGGCUCUACACAGGAAGAAGAAAAUGGAGAGAGCGCAGGAAUCGGCUGGCAAGAGAUUGCAUGAGGGGGUGGCUGGAGAGCAACUUGAUGUUGCGGCAAGAGGGGUAUUUAUACUGAUCAAAGAUUUCGACACCAUGAGCCGGAUGGUUAGGAGAUUACACAACGAGGUUGAGCACCGCAAGAAUGUUUCCGAGAUGUGCGUGAGAAUUGGGAAAUGUGAGUUAUUGGAUGAGGUUGUAAAGGAAUUUGAUGCCCAAGAGCGAAGCUUUUUGGAGCAAUUAGAAGAGCUUGAAGAACAUAUUUACCUCUGCUUACUCACCAUCAACAGAUCCAGAGGACUCGUAAUUCGAGAGAUAAUGGAAAACCAGUAAUCAUGAAUCAAGAUGAGGAUGUGAUCGUGCACAUUGUUAAUUUCAUGGUGAUAUGAAAUUGUGAAGCUUGAAAUGAUGUGGAAAACGAUGGCCUGGUCACCAUCCAAUUGGACAGAAGAUCAGUCGAGCUGUCCAUAUAUUUGUGUAUUAUAUCCAAUAUUCUACAGCUCCUCCAGUGAUGCGCAAACGAUCAUAUGUGGAAAGCUAGCAGCUGUACAUAGUCCUAAGCUUUAAUGAUUUUAUUUUUUAUUUUUUUCAAGGGCGAAAUUCGCUCCGGCAAAGCUUUUGAAUUCCUUUGUUAUAUGUUGUAUUAAUUUUAUUUUGUCCUGCAAAUUUUUUCAA